AUGGAGAAUCUAAAGCAAGCCUUGAGCGGAGAGUUGGAAGGCUCGGUGUUUGAGAACGUGAUCGGCUUUUGGGACAAAUACUUUGAUUCGAAACGGAUAAAGGUCGAGCGUGACGGCCUUACCAAGAAAUUUGCGGAACUAUCGGCCGAACCAAAGUUCCAAUUUCCCGCUAUCCCGACAGAAGAUGCGGUAUGGAGAUGGAUGCACGUUAUCGAAAAUGACCUAAUAAAAGCCUAUCGGAACGCCACUGAUUCAAUAACAAAUGUCGCUGCGAGUACGGCAGAAGAGCGGGUUGUAUUAGCUUUCACUGGAGCUCAAUUUCAUACUCUCGCAGUCGGAAAAAGCAUUGGAAACCAAUCAAAACGACAAGUAGAUUAUUUCAUUAAAAGUCGAAACCUUCCGAUUGAGGACCUGUACCAUUGGCGUGAUAUUCUUGUGGUAGGUGAACUCACGGUAUCUUCGUCGAAGGUUUCCCGGCAAAUGUUUCUGCAGCUCAGUGUAUACAUGCGUGAAGUUUUUAUGGCUCAGCCCCUUCGUCGUUUUGUUCACGGAUUUAUCCUUUUCGAAAAAGACCUGCAACUCUGGUUACGCGACCUUUCAGGACCGUAUUCUUGUUCGUGCAUCGAUAUUGGUGAAUCACUAGAGAAACUUGUACAUGUCUUGGUGACGUACAUGUUGAUGAACGACGAGGAACUCGGUCUAGACACCAAAGUCAAAUAUGAAGGUGAAAAUAUGAUAGUCCAUCUUCAGGUGCCUGGGUCGAAGGAAACACGGAAGUUUAUCUUGGACCCCGUCCAAAUCUCUCAACAGAAGGCAUAUCUUUGUAGGGGAACAAGUUGCUACAAAGACAGGAACCUCAGCUGCGUGGUCAAGUUCUCGUGGAGAAUAUGCGACGGACUCUCAGAGAUUGAGCUUCUUUAG